AUGAUUGAACGGUUUUUACAGUUAAAAGAUUACAUUAAUAAUAUGCUAUUAAAAUGCCCAAAAGCGCCUAAUAUGAUAGUCCGAGACGAAGUAGAAACGUUGCAAGAAAUAGUCCAUAUUUUAAAACCAAUAGAGUACGUUACAAAUACUAUUAGUGGUGAUACAUACGCGACUAGCAGUCUCGUGAUACCAUUAGUCCAUUAUAUGAUGCUUACUAUUAAAAAGUGUGAACCAAUUACUGAUACGGGAGUUCAGUUUAAAGAAAACAUUCUUACACAAUUAAAUAAAAGAUUUCAACACGUCGAAUCUGUUUCCCAUUUAGCAAUUGCGACAUUGAUGGACCCCCGAUUUAAGAAAAUUCAUUUUGAAAUUCCGUUAGCAUUAAGUACAGCUAUACAGCAUAUUCAGAACAUGAUUGAAAUCGAUUUAGGUAAUCAGAAUAACGAAAAUACUGAAACUGAGGCAAGCAUGGUAAGCGUAGUUGAAGGAGAUAAUUCAUUAAAUCAUUUUUGGAAGAUUCAUAAAGAAAUAGUAGCUUUAAAACGACAA